GCCGACAUCUUUGAGCUUGGUUUUUCACUUUGUCCACAUUUUUCUCCGUAGAACGCAUAAAUCAUCAUAGUUUUUGUGGCACAAUGACUAUUGUGGAGUUGCAAGUAAACAUGGACUGCAGUGGUUGCGAAAGGAAGGUUCGCAAAGCUCUCUCUAAUCUCAAAGGGAUAGACAGUGUAGACAUUGACCUGUCAAUGCAGAAGGUCACAGUGAGUGGGUACAUUGGGGCGAAGAAGGUUCUCAAGGCUGUGAGAAGAAGUGGGAAACAAGCAGAGUUGUGGCCAUAUCCUUAUGAUAGCGAACAUCAUCCUUACACAGAGCAGUACUUUGAGAAGACGACGUAUAAUUCCAGUUACAAUUACUACAAGCAUGGCUACAAUGGGAGCACCCAUGGGUACUUUCAAGCACCUUCUCAUUCAACAAUUAUUGAUGAUAAAUCGUCACACCUAUUUAGCGAUGAUAAUCCACAUGCAUGCAUUGUAAUGUAAUGGAGAUAGAGCUACUAUUGUAUCAAAUAUGGCCAUGUACAUAAGUUUAUAUUUGGGAAAAUCUGUUAUGUCCUGGGCAAAGGCUUGGGACUAAUUAUAUAUUGUUUGUCAUAAUCUUGUUACCUCUGGAAGUGACGUCUGUCUUUUGGUAGACAAUUGCAAUAAAAUUGUUGCAAAGAAAGAAAAAAAGUGCUGAGAAUUUUCUCGA